AGGGAUGACCAGAGACUGCAGACAGUACAGGGAUGACCAGAGACUGCGGACACAGUACAGGGAUGACCAGAGACUGCGGACACAGUACAGGGAUGACCAGAGACUGCGGACACAGUACAGGGAUGACCAGAGACUGCGGACAUACUACAGGAGAUGACCAGAGACUGCAGACACGGUACAGGGAUGACCAGAGACUGCAGACACGGUACAGGGGAUGACCAGAGACUGCAGACAGUACAGGAGAUGACCAGAGACUGCGGACACAGUACAGGAGAUGACCAGAGACUGCGGACACAGUACAGGAGAUGACCAGAGACUGCGGACACAGUACAGGAGAUGACCAGAGACUGCGGACAGUACAGGGGAUGACCAGAGACUGCGGAAACAGUACAGGGAUGACCAGAGACUGUGGACACAGUACAGGGAUGACCAGAGACUGCGGACAGUACAGG